UACUCAAAAUUCCUAUUUUAGAAUGGUUUCACCAUUUUCUGGAAAAUAGAAAUUAUGAGAUUAUCAUCAACAUCAACGUCAUGGGGAUGGUUGAAAUUCAGCCCAAUAUUCAACCCCAAAUUCCUUGCUCAGUGCCGCAAUCGGAUCUUUCCCACCAUUCAUAAUCACACAACGUUAUCUCCCAUGCCCAAUUUCUCCUCCGCCAUCUCCGCCCCCCGCCGGCGCCUCCGGGGGGUCAUCUUCGACAUGGACGGAACCCUAACUGUACCCGUCAUCGAUUUCGCCGCUAUGUAUCAAUCUGUGCUUGGCGCUGAGGAGUAUGUCAGAAUUAAAGCUCUCAAUCCAUCCGGAAUCGACAUUUUGCACAUUAUUCAGAACUGGGCACCCGAGAAACAGCGGAGGGCGUAUGAGGUAAUCGCCGAUUUUGAGCGUCAGGGAAUUGAUCGCCUUCAAAUUAUGCCCGGUGCUGCAGAGCUUUGUACCUUUCUUGAUUCCAAGAAUAUAAGGAGGGGACUAAUUACUCGCAAUAUAAAGGAAGCUGUUGAUAUUUUCCACGAGCGUUUUGGUUGGACAUUUCGUCCAGCCUUAAGCAGGGAAUUUGGUUCUUAUAAACCCAAUCCCGCUCCCUUACUUCAUAUCUGCUCUUCUUGGAAUGUCCUGCCUAAUGAAGUAAUUAUGAUUGGCGACAGCCUUCGAGAUGACGUUGGAUGUGGCAAGGGAGCAGGAGCUUUCACAUGUUUGCUAGAUGAAACAGGAAGGUACAACUCGGAGCAUUUUGCCAACUUGGAUCUCGAGCCAGAUUUUAAAGUAUCGACGCUCGGUGAAGUUCUUCAUCUUUUGGAUUCAAAUUUUGACUUGAUCCCAUGAAUGUCAAGAAAAGGCAAAAUAAGUUCCAAGUUGUCUAGUGAUUU